AUGACAGCGCGUCCCCAGCCUUGCACCGAACUGCCCGCUUCGCUGCCCAUGGUCUCUCACCCCGAGGCCACGGCCCGUCCCAGAGCCGUCCGCCCUCCGCAAUCCGUGGCCUCGUCGCGUCACCCCCAGCAUCCCCAGCACCAGCACCAGCACCAGCAUCGCCGUCGGUUCAGCGGCGGCCGUUCGCACCACGGCGGCUCCUCGCACCAGCCGCUGAACGAGUUCCCCAUCUUCACGGGCACCGGCGACGUGGAGAUUGUCAUCCGCGCGUCGAACCAGGAGCGCAAGUACCUGCUGCACCGCUUGAUCCUCGCGCAGAACUCGGGCUUCUUCGAGGCCGGGACGAGCGAGGAAUGGUCCGGGGUGCAGGCACAGCGCGAGGAGGCGGAUCGCGCGCGGGCGGACGGGUCGCCGGACGGCGUGCCGGAGGGCAAUGGGCUGGAUGUGGUUCGGGAAGAGGACGAGAAUGGAUCGCGCACGGCGGCGGCGAAGAAACCCAAGCGGAACCGGUGGAGGUAUGAGCUGGACUGGGAGAAUCGAGAGGAGGAUGAGCUGCCCAUUCUGGUGCAAAAGCCACCGACCGCCGGCAAUGCUGUCUUUGCGGAAACGAGACCACGGCAGCCUCCGCCGGCGAGGAACAAGCCGCCGCCGCCGCAGCAAGGGUUCUUUCGCACAAUGGUGAACCUGACGGGCAUCCAGUCGGCGCUGCAUCUUCCCAGCACGGCGACGGCGGAAGAGCCCCCGAUGGACCCGACGAUUCGCGACUACGACAAUCUCUUUCGCAUCUUCUACAACCACACGCCGAAUCUCAACUCGGUCAACAUCGCGUCCGCCUAUGCCGAGUGCAAAUCGCUCCUGAACCUGGCCGACAUGUACGACGCCCUGCCGGUGGUCGGCCCGCGCGUCGACCACCACCUGCUGCGGUUCUCGUCGCGGCUCUACAAGCAGAUUGCAAAGUAUCCGCCCAGCUACCUGAAGCUCGGCUACCUGGCGCGCAGCCGGGUGAUCUUUGCCGAAGCCCUGAUCCACGUUGUCGGCCAGUGGCCCGCGGCGCUGCCUCACCUGGGCCCCAACUCGUACUCGCCGCUGCCGGACCCCGUGCUGGACGUGAUCGAGGACAAGGUCGACGACCUCGAGGACCUGAUCGCCCGCACCGAAGGGAAGCUCUUCCGCCUCACGCUGACCACCUCGCGGGGCGAGCGUGUCAGCCCCAGCAACGCCUACCUCGACUGGCUGGCCGUCUCGCUCUUCCGCCAGUUCCUGGUCGAAAACACCACGCCGCCGCCCCCGUCGAUCCUCAAGAACUCGUCCUCCCUGCCCUCCCGCAACCUCCACAGCUCCGGCUCCACCGGCUCCAACGCGACCGGCCGCCAGAGUGCUUCCGCACCCGCUGGCGGCGGCGCGGGCACUGGCACUAGCACCCGCGCUGCCGCACCUCCGCCUCUGCCACCGCAGCCGUUCUCGAUAGGCCGGACAUACCGCCUGCUGGGCUCGUCGAACGCGCAGGCAUAUCUCUCGCACGACGAGCUCAAGCGCUUUCUAAAGCUGCACCCGUCCUCGGAUUCGCUCUACUCGCGCGAGAACUUUAAGCGGUUUGAGCGGAAGAUGGAUGAGAUCAAGCGGCUGGCGCGGGAGAUUGUGAAGCCGCUGAUGCGGAAUUUUCUCGAGCUGGAUUUGCGCGGGGGUAGUGACGAUGACGGUGCGUCGCAUGGCUCGUUGUUGCAGUAUUUGACGUGCACCAGGGUCGAAGAGGCGGAUUUCCCGUGGGACUGA